AUGAAGGCUCACACGGCAAUGAAGGCUCUUGUUGGCGGGGAGUCUGGUAAUUACCGGCUCGCGGACGACAUCGAUAUCCCUGCCCCCAAGCCAGGCACGAUGCUGUGUCGUGUGCAUUCCGUCGCCUUGAGCCCAUACGACGCAAAGAUUGUAGACUAUUCCAACACACCUGGCGCUGUGGGCGGCUGUGACUUUUCCGGCGUCGUCGUUGCGGUGGGCGAAGGAGUGGUGCGGUUCAAGGCAGGUGAUCGUGUCCUCGCUGUGACUUUUGGACUCAGCGCCUUAGACAAGACGGCGGGUGCCUUUGCUGAGUAUGCUCUGGCAAUCGAAGACCUGAGUUGCCAUGUUCCGGACAGCUUGUCCUUGACGCAGGCGUGCUCAAUGGGUCUUGGGAUUGCUACUGCUGGCCUGGCACUCUUCCAAGCACCUGGGCUACAGCUAAGAAUGCCACGCUCCAACCACGCCGAUCAAGAGACGGGUGCUUUUGUUCUUAUCUCAGGGGGUGCAACGGGCACGGGGACCAUGGCAACCCAGCUUCUGAAGAGUGCUGGUUACAUACCCAUCGUUACCUGUUCGCCCGCUAACAAUUCCCUAUGCGAGUCCUACGGCGCCGCGGCUUGCUUCGAUUACAACUCAGCCACGUGCGGUGCUGAUAUCCGCGAGUACACGGCCAACAGUUUGACCUCUGUCUUUGACUGCGUCACUGACGCAACGACUAUGAGGAUGUGCUACGCGGCCAUUGGCUCUUCCGGUGGUCAAUACGUCGCUCUAGAGCCCAUUUCUCCUAUUAUCAAGUACACGCGGAGGGAUGUCCGCGCUGACUGGCUGAUGGCUCCCACCGUUCUGGGGACCCCCGUGGAGCUUCCGGGCUCGUAUGGACGCCCGAGAACUCCAGAGCACAGAAGAUUUGCAUCAGAGUUGUUUCUGCUGGCUGAGAAGCUACUUCAGGAGGGCGAAAUUAGGAAUCAUCCUCUAGAGAUUCGGGACGGAGGCCUGGCGAGCAUCCCCAGAUAUGUGAACGAUUUGCGGGUUGGGAAAGUGCGGGCAAAGAGACAGGUUGUGCCAUUACUGGCAGGGUAG